AUAACGAGCAUUUUCUUAGCUUGUUACACUUGCCCCACUUUCCCCUAUGACUGUUUAUGAGAUCAAACCAGUUUUAUAUACCAAGUUAUAGCACAUUACAGUUUUUCCCUCUAGGGGAAAUCCCAUAACAUCUGCUUGAAGCAAUCAACUGAACUGGUUACCUCAGAGUUGACUAAACGGCAGUUUCAUGUUGAUAGUACGACGAUCAAGUCUGUGUUCUAACAGUGUUCCAACUACAACCGAUGCUAGUUGGUGACGUCAUCCUGAUUGUUGCUCCCUGCUAAGAUGCUAUUUCUUUGGCUGAUUCUAUCGUUUGGUUACUCACUGGGGUUUGAUUCCAUCGAGAGACAUCCCGGGGAAUCGCUUCUUUUUCCCGAUGAACGCACCAGUCUAAACGAUUGCCACCUGCGGUACUACAAGUACAGCCAGUUCUGGCGCAAUCCCGGCUACAAUGGUGUGCCGGCGCGUCUGUUUGAGUUUGCCCACAUGGGAGCGAUCGGGUGGACCAUGCCGCCGGACAGCAGUAUCGGCUGGCGCUGCGGAGGAUCACUGAUUACGGGCCGGUUUGUGCUCACGGCGGCCCACUGUGUCAUCGAUUCCAGAAAUGUUCCGCCGGAUGUGGUGAGAUUUGGAGAUUUGGACAUCUUUGGACCGGAUGGCGACGAGUAUGCCCAGCAGCUGGGGAUUGCGGAAAUAAUACGCCAUCCUGAGCACCGGUUUUCGGCGUAUUAUAAUGAUAUCGCGCUCAUCAAGUUGUUUGGAUCUGUCUCAAUCGGGAAAUCGGUUGCCCCAGCUUGCUUGUGGCCGGAUAUGGAAGUUCGGUUCACCAAUAUGGACGCUGUCGGUUGGGGUCGAGUAGGAUUUGCUGGAAAUCAAUCACCUGUACUGUUGAAGAUGGCUCAAUCUCCCAUGUUGCACGAAAAGUGCGCGACGGUGUAUAACAAUGAAACUAUUAGAAAGUUGCGAUCCGGUCUCCACGAACAUCACAUAUGCGCAUCGGAUGUUCUGACGGACACGUGCGAAGGAGAUUCCGGCGGACCUUUGCAGGUCAAGUUGAUGCACAACUUCCGAGAGACACCAUUCGUCGUAGCGGUUACCUCGUUCGGAUUACCGUGCGGGACUUCAAAUCCAGGCGUUUACACCAGGGUGGCCCCUUACCUGGACUGGAUCGUGGCCACCAUGAAGGCUCGUGGAGAACGCGUAGACGACCAAACGUUCAAUACGACCACUUGUGCACGGCGAUACGUUAGUUUGCGAGAUCCGUACGACGGAGUGGUACAGCAUCGAAACGAAACGUAUGUCGAUGUCAACUAUUCGAGUCAACAUAUGUUGCUGGACGUUGAGUUGCCUCCGUAUAUUGCUAAACUAGGCUGGGCAGCAGGAUCAACGGGAGCGGAUUACUGCUAUGGGGUGAUCGUUGAUGAAGAAAUCGUCCUGACCGUGGCGGAUUGUGUGGAAUUCAUGGGAAAAUUGGUGAAUCGAAUAGUAACUCCGGAGAAGAUCGAUGUGGCAGCGAUUUAUAUCCAUCCUCUAUACAAAAAGGGAACAAGUUAUAACAAUAUCGCAAUUUUAAAGUUGAAGAGCUUGUUGGAUUUCAAAUCUGAAACAACAGCGUCCUGCAUUUGGCACGAUUCCAAGCUACCAUAUGAACGGAUUCAAACUAUCGGAGUCGGUCGCAAGGAUCUGCUACUCUUGCCAGAACUGGCAAAACUCCCAGAUCCAACGCAGGCAACAUACAGAGCGAAGAUAACCGCCUUCAAUGAGACCAGUUGUCACUUGUCCAAGGCCAGUCUAGCCAGCAUGCGGCAUGGCUUUGCGCACGAGCUCGUCUGCGCAGGCAACGACUUCUUCCUGGUGCCCGAGGUGUGCAAUCUGGCCAUCGGCGGACCACUCUUCGGUACUCGAUGGCACGACGAUCGAGAGUACGGCUAUACCUUUGCGCUGGCCCAGUUCGGCCGAGACUGUGGCUUCGGCGAACAUCUGUUAGCGACCCGGUUGUGGAGUCACAUAGACUGGAUGAAGUCGGUACUGUUGCCUGGACAUCACCAUGCUAGCAGUAGGUUGCUGUUUCUGGAACGGGAUCGCCAUGAGGGUGAUCCUUGCAAGACCGAGCACGGCGUCGAUGGACGUUGCGUUGCCUUGGGAGAAUGCUUUCAAAGUCGAGUGGAGUUUUUAAACCGGACAGAUAAGCAGUUCUGCUCGUCGACAGAGGUCGUCUGCUGUCCUCUAGAUGUUAUCGAAAAAAAGAAGAAAGCUGUCGAUCGUCGAACGGAACUGGAUGACUGCCAGCAGAUUGUGAGUAAACUAAACGUAUCAAGCCCGUAUGGAUUCAUGGUUGAGAUCGGAUCGGAGUUCGAUGACAAGUUUCGUUGUUUAGGAUCAAUUAUCGCCACUCGAACUAUCGUAACGACUAGAAGUUGUUUGGGUAACAGUAUCCCAACAAAGGUUAGAUCUUUGACAGAAGUAAAUAGCACAAUACAGGUGGAAAAUGUAACUUUUCACGAUCUAUACAACGCUAGUGACUCAAGCUUCGACAUCGCAUUACUCCAGCUCGAAACUCCGAUUAUCUGGAGUCCUCAACUGUAUCCAGCCUGCCUUUGGAUGAACAAAACUCACACUCCGAUGAUCACCAGAAUGCUUUAUAUGGAUGACGAUCGAAUUUCCGUUGAGAUGAUCCAAGCCAAAUACAACUCAGACUGCCAACGGGUUCACCCGAGGGAGCUGCACCGAUCGCAACUUUGUGCGAAGGAGGUAUGGGACGAACCGGUUUGCCGGAAGUCGGGCGAUGUCCUGGUGUCGCAAACUGCGACCGGACCUAGCUAUCUGGUGGGACUGGCUUUGCACGAGGAUGGUUGCUCGGGAUGGGACUACGGAACGUUCACCAGGAUAUCGAUGCUGGUUGAUUGGAUCAGUGGGAACAUGUGAGAUUGCAAAUAUAAUGUAAAUGUGCAUUAGUAGCAAA